CACUUCAACACAAACAGAAGUUCUGUGACCUCUUCCUCUUUUUAAAUAUUCUCUCCUCUUCCGCAGCAAACGCACACACAGAGCUGCUCAUCAUCACUCGACAGCUGAGAUGGGUGUUUGUGUGACGGAGGUCGGUUUGCUCCUCGCUGUGAUGCAAGGCGUCUUCAGUAAAACCUGGGUUCUGACGGCGCCUCUGAGAAUCGUGAGCAUCACUAACUCCUGUGUCACGGUCCCAUGUCACUUCGAGGUCCCUGACAAGCAGGAGGCGAACAUCCUGAACUGCUCCAACAGCGCCCUCUGGAGGAGGGGGACACAUUUUGAUCAAAAGACCGUACAGGGAGAAAUAAUCGGCGACUUAACGAAGAAGAACUGCACCACGGUGAUGAGGUUCUCAAACAUCCACAACGACUUGUACUUCUUCAGACUCGAAUGUCCGGAGGUCAAAUACACUUUCCUAAAUGGAGUCAACAUCAGCAUUCAAACAGAGCCGUCUCCUCCUCAGCUCAGCGUCGUGGGUCAGGCGUCAGAGGGAGGCCAGGCCCGGCUGCAGUGUGAGGCCCCGGUGUCCUGCUCCCUCCUGCCCCCCUCCCUCACCUGGUCCCCCCGGGACGCCUCCAGCCAGGAGGUGUCACACAUGCAGCAGCAGAGCACAGACGGGUCGGUGAUCAUGACGUCCACGCUGACCUUCAUGGCCUCGGCCGACCAUCACAACCAGAGCAUCCUCUGUUCUGCCUCCUACCCGCUGGCGAACGGGGGCAGCAGCUCGUCGGCCGCGACCAGUCGAAGCCUCAGCAUCCUGUGUGAGAGACUCAGUGAUGAUGCUCCUCGGUUCACCAGGGCAGCGAUCAGCCCGUCUGGACCGGUCUUCGAAGGGGAAACCGUGAUGUUGACAUGUUCGAGUGACGCCAACCCUCCAGUGACACGUUUCACCUGGUUCAGGGACGAACGAGGGAAGAUCAGAGCGAUUGCACCAGGACAGACUCUGGAUCUGCAGGUCAGCCUGUCGGACAGCGGGGCGUAUCUGUGUCAGGCUCAAUCUCCCAGAGGAUCCCAGAGGAGCACAUCUGUGUUUCUGGAGGUCGGCGCCACUCAAGCCGCAGGCCACAGUGAUGGUUUGGUGAUGCCCUACAUCGUGUGUGGAGUGGUGUCCGUCCUCUACAUCCUGACGGUCCUUGUCGAUUUGUACAAGUACCACAGUCUCUCCAGGCGGCUGAAGAAGAUUGAGCUGAAGGGGGAACACACCUACACUGAUCUGAAGUCCAACCGUGUCAACUCUGACUACGACCAACUCCAGCUGAAACCAAAGUCUCCUCCUGAAGUUCCCGAGUAUGAGAACAGCGUCUCCAUGAAGGUCACAGCCUAAGAUCCACCGCAGCCCGACGGGCGCUGAGAGGACGAGUUACUGCUUCUAUUAACGUGUUUUUAAAUUUAUGAAUGUACGUAUUUGUUAAGUGGCUUCAGAUUUAAAUCGGUUUUGUUUGUUUCUGCUGUAGAAUUAUGUUAUAAAGCUCUGAAGCUGUGAAUAAUGUCUCAUUCAUUUACCAUCUUCUCUGGUAUGUUUGACCGACUGCUCGUGUGAACUUGACCUUGAGAUAUUUUAUAAAGCAGAAUUCGUAUAGAAAACAAUAAGGAAGCUGUGCUGGUGUAGCCACACGCUGACCUCUGACCUUACAGGUAUGAUUCACCUCCAGAACAGUGUUUCUGCAGAUCAGGUUUACAAACUGAGCGAUGACGUUAACUGUCUUUUUCCAUCCGUUGAGAAAUAAAAACACGAAAGCUGA